CUCAGUCCAAUAGGGUUAGUCAUAUAGCAUAUAUGAUUGAGCACAAGGAAAUUGAAAUAUCAAAGAAAAUGUGUUAAAUAUUAUUAUUGAUUAUAUAUUGAUAUUAUUGAUAUUCAUCGAUAUAAUUUAUUUUAUAGAUAAAAAAAUAUUUAUUAUAUUUAAUAUAAUAUAAUAAUACUUAGUUUAUAUAAUAUAUACUUAAUACUUAAUAUAUAUAUAUUUGGUAAAAAUGUUUCAUAUUUUACUAAAGUGUAUGAAUUUACUGUUGUGUGAACGAAAUACACAAAAAAUCUUUAAUUUUAUAAAUAUUAGAAAAAAUUCAUUAUGGUGGAAAUGCCAAGAAUCAAGAAUAGAAUACUCUUGUUUUAAAAUAAAUACGCCUUUAAAGUAUCAUACAUCAAACAAUGUACGACAAUUUGUCGAUUCAUUUAAAGAUGAAAGAAACGAAUUAAUGGCCAUAUGGCCUAAUAUUGUUUGUGAAUUGACAGAAGAAGAUAAUGAAGAAUUAUCAGAUGUUAACAAGUGGAUAACAGAGAUAUUGGAAUAUAAUGUUCCGAAAGGAGGAAAACGAAGAUCAGUACCACUUGUAAUCGCAUAUAAAUUGCUGGUAUCUCAAGAUCAGUUAACAGAAGAAAAUAUUCAUUUAGCUCGUAUCCUAGCCUGGUGUAUAGAAAUAAUGCUUGCAUUUCACACAAUGGCAGAUGACAUUUUAGAUCAUGCAAACAUGCGACGAAAUCAACGAACCUGGCAUGUAAAAGUUGGAUUAAGUGCAAUUAAUGAUGCUUUUAUUUUGGAAACAUGUAUAUACAAGCUUCUUGAGAAACAUUUUAAAUCAAAAAAUUGUUAUGUAGAUAUCGUGGAUAUAUUUUUGAAGUAUCAUAGAAAAACGAUGCAUGGUCAAUGCUUAGAUAUAUUAAUAUCGACGCAUUGGGAAAAAAAAAACUUUAAUCUUUUUUCAAUAGACCGAUACAAUACUUUAGUAAAAUAUAAAACAUCUUACUUCUCAUUUAUACUUCCAUUCAGUCUUGCUAUGCGUUUUGCUGGCAUAAUCGAUCCAGAAAUGCAUAGGGAAGCAGAAAAAAUUCUGAUAAAAAUAAGUCAUCUUUUCCAAGUACAAAAUGAUUUUUUGGAUUAUUAUAGUAAAGAAGAAAUUGGAGGAAAAAGUGGAACUGAUAUACAAGAAGGAAAAUGUACAUGGCCCAUUGUGAUUGCAUUGCAGCGAGCUACAAUUGAACAAAAAAGAAUUUUAAAAGAAUGUUAUGGAGUAGCUGAUGAAGAAAAAGUAAAACAUGUGAAAGAAAUUUAUAAAGAGAUAGGUAUAUCAAAUAUUUAUUUGGAUUACGAAGAAGAAAUGCAUAAUUUAUUGAAUACAUAUAUACAACAAUUAUCUUCGAAACUUCCAAUUCAAUACUUUUUAUACUUACUCACUACAUCAUGUAGUAAAAUAGAACGAAAAGAUUAAUUAUACAAGAUAUUCGAAAAAUAUAGGAUCACACAUUCGAUCCAGAAAUUCUUAAGAUAAUAUUUUCUUAUAUAUUCUUUUAUAUUCGAAUGAUAUUUUCUUAUGCAGAAAUUUUCCUUCUUAUCUUAUUAAAUUAUUAACGAUAAAAUACUGCUCUAUCACAGAGUACAUACGCGUGAAGUCGUGUUGACUCCAUGUCGAUUAAAUAGGAAUAAAUUGACUCAAUAUAUCGAAAAAACUGUGUUAAAUGUAAUAAAUAUUUUUAUUUAUUAAUAAAAAAUAUAUAUAUUUUGAGUAAAAAGAAAUAAAUUAUAUUACAUUAACUAUAUUAUAUUAACUACAUUAAA